UGGCUAUUUCUUCUCUUCCCUCCCCGUUUGGUUUGGCGCAAAUCUCACUCUGACGUGUUCUUCCUCUCUCAAUUUUAUCCAGUUCUCCCUUGUCUUUCGCCCGUUCUUCAUCACCCUUUAUAUAAAUCCCCCACCUUAUCCCUUCACUCAGAUCAUCUUCAUACACACCGCUCUGUUUGAUCUCCUUCUCCAGGUGAUUAUCAUGGAAGUCACAGGGGGCUAAAACCUGCCAAGUUUAUGGCAUUGACUGACAUUCGUGCUGUGUGUGGAGGAACAAACAACUCAGAAAUCAACUACUCUUGGAGCACAAGUUUUGUUAUGGAAUUACAACCCGACUGGACAAAAUAUCGAAAAUUGCCAGCAUAUACUGCUCAUGUGAUGCGUUCUGCAACACUUUUUUUGCCUUGGUCUUGUAAAAUUAUAGGUGACGGAUAUAACGAACUCCUUUGAUUGUCUGCUAUUUCUGAGUACACAAAUUUUUGGGUAAAACCUAACUUCUGAUAGAUGAGAGUGAUGCAUCUCUUUGGAUGUACUCAUUGAUUCUCAAUCUAGAAGAUGCCGGAUUCUUUGAGUGGAAAGAGAUUUAAAGAACCAAAUAUGUGUUUAACCACUUUGGUCAAGAAAGACACACCAAUUCGCUCAAAAAGCUUUCCUAAUUCGAGUUCUGAAGCCACGGAUGAUUUCGACAGUCCCAUUCUACCUGGACUGCCAGAUGACAUAUCGAAAUAUUGCCUUGCGCUUGUUCCUCGUCCAGACUUCCGUUCCAUGAGUGUUGUGUCUAAGAAAUGGAGGCAUUUUAUGCAGAGCAAGGAAUUUACAACUGUGCGACAGUUAGCUGGUUUGCUUCAGGAGUGGCUUUAUGUAUUAACCACAGAUUCCGAAGGAAAUGAAACCCAUUGGGAGGUUUUGGAUUGCCUUGGACAUCAGCACCGUAUUCUUCCUCCAGUGCCUGGUCCAACAAGAUCUGGGUUUGGGGUGGCAGUUCUCAGUGGAAAGCUCGUCAUUGUGGGUGGUGUUUCUGUCAUUGAUGGGACUGGUGCUGCAUCACCAGAAGUUUACAACUAUGACUCUUGUAUCAACAGGUGGAGCAAAUUAGCAGAGAUGAAUGUGGCUCGAUAUGACUUUGCUUGUGCAGAAUUAUGUGGCCUGGUUUAUGCAGUUGGAGGCUACAGUACAGAUGGCAAUAUCCUAUCUAGUGCUGAGGUGUAUAAUUCUGAAACUGAUACUUGGACCUUGAUAGAGAGUAUUCACCGCCCAAGAUAUGGUUGUUUUGCGUGUGGAUUUGAGGGUAAGCUGUAUGUCAUGGGUGGAAGGUCAAGCUUCACCAUUGGCAAUUCAAAGUCUGUUGAUGUCUACGAUCCCAAGUCGCACACUUGGUGUCAGAUGAAGAAUGGUUGUGUUAUGGUCACUACACAUGCUGUGCUGGAAAAGAAGCUCUUCUGCAUGGAGUGGAAGAACCAGCGAAAACUUUCAAUUUUCAACCCUGAGGACAAUUCCUGGAAGAUGGUGCAAAUUCCACUGACGGGAAGCACUAGUAUUGAAUUUCGAUUUGGGAUACUGGGUGAGAAACUUCUGCUGUUCUCACUACAGCAGGAGCUUGGUUACCGUACUUUGAUGUAUGAUCCAAAUGCAGCACCAGGAUCAGAGUGGCAGACUUCUUCAGUAAAGCUGACUGGUCCUUGCUUGUGCUCUGUUAGAAUCAACGUGUGAAAGUUGUGCCUGAAAGUCCCUAUACAAGACUGAUACAUUCGGCGAACAUCUGAAAUUCAGUGACUUGUUGUUUGUUUUGCAUAGAAUUAUAAACCAACUGUCUGAUGUGGUUGUUGUGUUGCAUAGACUUGGUUUGUGAUAAUGUCUGUUCUAAACUUUUUGCAUUGCCUGAACUUCAUCGUUGUUUGAUCAUGUACGUUUGAUAUCGGGCUCCUCUCUUAAUCGAUUGGCAUUGCUCCGAA